AAAAUUGUGAAAAAUAUAGUCGAAAUGUGUUCGUUAUAGUUAAAAUUUGAAUUUAUCACAUUCCUAAUAUUGUUUCUGAUUAUUCAGUUUAAAUUUGGAAUAUUAUAUUGUUCAAAUCAUGCUUUGUAGAAUGUGAUUUGGGUUGAUGAUUAGCCUGGUAUUUGUUAUUCUCUUUCUCAAGUAGUAGUUGUCAGCUAGUCUAAUUGUUUAUAAUUUACCAUUUGAACUCUGCUGUGCCCUUUAUAAAAAGGUUUAAUUCAAUAUAAAUUGGCAUGGUUACAUAGUCACAAUGACGGUCGAUUUCAAUGAUUACUUUUGGGGAGAAAAGAACAACGGAUUCGAUGUUUUGUACCAUAAUAUGAAAUAUGGAUUAGUUGCAAGCAAAGAAUUUGCAGACUUUUUGAGAGAAAGGUCAAAUGUAGAAGAAAACAACUCAAAGCUUCUUAGCAAAUUAGCCAAACAGGCUGGUAGUUGUUGUGUGCAUGGUACAUUUGCACCAUUAUGGCAAGUACUAAAGACUUCUGCAGAACGAUUAUCUGCUCUCCACAUGCAAAUGGUACAGAAAGUUUCAGACCUAGUCAAGGAAGUCAGCAAAUAUGCUGAGGAUCUCCAGAAGAAACAUAAAUUGGUCAAAGAAGAGGAAUCUGGAACACUUGAUGCAGUACAAUUGAUGCAAAACAUCACUCUGAAUGUUCAGAAAUCAAAAGACACUUAUACCCAAAGAGGUCUAGAUUUAGAACGUUUACAAAAAGACAGCACAUCUGCAAAAGAGAUAGAAAAAGCUGAACAAAAAUUGAAAAAGGCCCAUGAAGAUUACAAAAGUUUCUUAGAAAAGUACAGCAGUAUCAAAGAAGACUUUGAAAAGAAAAUGUCAGUAACAUGCAAAAACUUUCAAGAACUUGAAGUGAAUCAUCUAGGUCAUAUGAAAGAGUUUUUGAACAAAUAUGCUGAGGUUAUUGAAUGGACCCAUGAACAAAUGGGACAUGUACAUAGAGAAUUUAGGCAACAAUGUGUGGAAUUGACAGUAGAUCAGUUACUUGAACAAUUUGUUCAUAGCAAAUCAACAGGACUUGAGAGACCAGGUACUUUGGAUCUGGAUGACCCUCUGACUUCUCCGACUACUGAGGUGGACUCGAAGCCUACAAAGCGUGAAGGUAAUGGUCACCCUGAGCAAACAGUGCCAACACAUGCCAAAACAUCCCGUCGAACAACCUCUCUCCUAAAUCUCUUCAUGUCUAAUUCGCAGGGAUCACGUGAAAGUCGAGCAGGUCCUUGCAGUGCUCCGUCAAGCCCCACUACCCCUGACGGGGAGCAGCAGCUGACUAGACAUGCCAAUCGUGGAUCCAAGUGGUUCUUGAGAAGCAGGAGAGACAAGGCAAAGCAAAAAAAAUCAAAGAAAAAGAGCAAAGAAAAUGUCGAUACCCAGAGCAAUAAGGAGGAAAAAUCUGAUAUGGAGGAGAAAGACGAUUCUCAAAAAAGCCAAAGGACAAUUGAAACAACUGAUCCAUCAGCGCAGGAAGUUGAUGAAGACGGUUAUGUAAUUAGACCAAAUGUUUCCCAGAAUUGGAACAGUGAAAAAGGAAGCUUUUAUUCAUCAUCUGAUUCCGAAUCAGACGACGAUAGAGAACGCAAGAUACACGUCGAAAUCAAACCGCUGAACAACGGCUCGGCCCCCAUGUCUGCCUCCGUGGACGAACUCAGAGCGACGGUGGAGAACUUCUAUCUGUCGCCCACAGGGGGCUUCGCCAGGCGCGGCUCCAACUUGGACGAUUCCACCAUGAAGAGGUCGCAGUCGGUGUCCCAGCAACUGGGCAAGCCGAGCACCGAUCUGCUGGGGCUGACCUUCCAGCAGAGCCCUACUGCUUCGAACGCGUCCACUCCUACGAGUUCGCAUCCCUAUGCGCCGUUGCAGAGUCCGUCGCAGUUGGCGCUGAAUUCCCCUACUUUGUCAGUGUCUUCAAGAUAUGCAGAACUAGGAGAGAUCUUCUCCGAGGACGGCGAACUCCAGCAGCCGCCUCCCAAGCACCAGCAGCGGCAAACCCCCACGCCGACAUCCGGCUACAUGUCCAUACCUAGACCGCCCUCGCGCCGGUCGGACCCGUCGAGGGCGCUCGCGUCGCAGACCGGCAUUGCGCGCGCCGACAGCAUCGGCAGCCUGGAGUUCCGGACGGCGUGCGUGCCGGUGGGCGUGUCCAGAGGCCCCUCCCCUCUGACGAUCGGCAUGGCCGAUACGAUCCCGCUGGCGGUGGCGUUCCACGAGAUCGUGCAUUCGUAUUUUCGCGGGGCAGACGAGUCUAGGUGUCAAGUGAAGAUGUCUGGGGAAAUGAUGCUCUCAUUUCCUGCUGGAAUAGUAACAAUUCUCGCCAAUAACCCGAAUCCUGCGAAGUUGGUCUUUCGUGUCAAGAAUACUCAGAGUUUAACCAGUAUUUUACCGAAUAAACAGUUAAUUAGUAUUGAUAGUGGACAAUCUUCUAGUGAUUAUUUAGGAGUUGAAUUUAUAAUGUCUGCACUAAGUUCCUUAUUGAAAAAGCAAUCCGAACAAAACCCCAGCGCUUCAUAUUUCAAUGUUGAUAUAUUGAAGUAUCAGAUCAAACCUAAGCAGGGAGCAAAUUCAUGCCCGUUCCAACUUGUUGCUUAUUGGAAAUGCUCGAGUGCCCACACGGAUUUGAAAAUCGAUUACAAGUACAACUCUCAUGCUAUGAGCUCUCCAACUCCUUUAUUGAAUGUUACUGUUGCUGUUCCUGUACCUGGAACUGUGAAGAACAUGCAGACAAAGCCUACAGCCCAAUGGCCUAGAGAAAACAGCAGGAUCAUAUGGAAGUUCACAGAGUUAUCCCAGCAUUCCGAGAACCACGGGGUAGGAUCUGUGGCAGCAAGGUAUGAUUUGGAAAAUGGCCCCGGCACCCCGCAAACUGUUUCGACACAGUUCAACUGCGAAGGCACGACCCUAUCGGGAAUCGAUUUUCAACUGAUGGGGACCGGCUAUAGGCUGUCUCUGGUCAAGAGGCGCUUCGUAUCCGGCAAAUACAUUUGCGAUGGGGAUCAGAAGUUCAGCUCGGGGACAGGGACGCCAUCGACUGUGUCAACAGUGUCUUCCCUCGGCGACCCGAACUGCUAGCAUUCCUACAUAUCUUCUGUGCAAUACCCAUCUUGUAUGUAUUUGUAUUACUUUUUUUAUUUAUGACUAUUUUCAUGUUAUAUGCCUAUAUAUUAUAUAUAGUUUAUGAUUGCUAUUUUGUAAUGGCAUAAAUAGUCCAAUAGUUAUUUUUCUGUUUUUUAAUGUUCUGAACUGCUCCAUAGUAGACGUCGCCGAUAGAUCGCGUCACUAACAUGUUCCAGACCUUGAUCAGCCGAAGAUCUAUAUAAGCCAUCAAUAUUUUGUCGCGGACGGUUGGAUCCAGGAGAUCCCGUUGUAUCCUGAUCAUAGAUAGGGAUAGGAUCUGUUAGUCUACCAUCCGGCAUCCACCAUCUGAUGAAUCAUGUUAAGGAUCUUACACAAUGCAGAAACGUAAGACAUAAGACGUAUGGCAUAAGACUGCAUAAGAAAUUCGUCAACUUGAGAAAAUAUUCCAAUAACACAAUGCCGUCAAACAUGAGCGUAAGCAUCUCAGAAACGGAUGCAUUUUGUUCUUACCUUAUUAUCUGAUCACAAUCUUAUGAACACUGGUGUGUUUAUUGUUUAUUAUAACAACAAACCCAUCAUCAAUCAUUUAGUUAGGUUAGAUUCGGUUACAAUACGUCAAAUACGUCAAUUUUAAGGAUGUUUUUUAUGAAAAAUUCCAUUCUUACUGUAAGCUACCAUGCCUCAUACGUAAAUCUUACGGUAUUGCAUAAGCAUUGUGUAUUUCUUCCUCUAUUUUCAUGAUACCGAAAAAACUUACGCCUUACGUCAUACGCCUUGUGUCCUACGUUUUAGGAUUGUGUAAGAGCCUUAACUGAAUCUAUCUCACUGUCUGAGUGUCUGCUACACUAGUGGCAUCGUUCAUUCAACUAAUAUUGGAGAAACGAGAACAAUCUUGUUCCAGUAAAAUCCGAUAGAUGGCGCCAUUAACAUGUAGACUGUAGCGGAAGCGGGAACACCCUGUGACGUCGAGUUGGUUU